AUGGGGGCCGCUGAGUCCAAGGCCGUUGCCGCAUCGGGCGGAAAUACCGCUGACUUCGCUGCAACCUCCCACCACGCCCUCGCCGGCUUCCAAGCCCAAGUCGAGACCAACAUCUCUCCGGACCUGACCACCAUGGGCAACAACACCUCCGUCCCCGCCCAGGGCCUCGACCAGGACGCCGACCCAGCCUUGCCGGAUCUGCAGUCCACCGAGCACACCGAGCACGCCGAACCCGUCCAAACCGACGGCACUAACGACCUGCAGCAAUCCACCCCGUCUGCCGAAUCGGAACCGGUGCCCGCGGAGCUGUCGUCUCAGGACCGGCCGUCGACGGCCACGGACCGUCCGACUACUGCAACGGACCGCCCGUCUACUGCAACUGACCGGUUCAAGGCCAGGGACAACAGACCCGCCUUCCUGCGCCGCUUGACCAUUGCCCCUUCGGCCGUGUCGACCGCUGCCGCUCACCAUGAAAACGUGUCCGCCGGACCCGUCUCCUCGAGUCCGGCCGAGCGGCAGGCGAUUGGGGCCAAGGAGCACUUGACCAAAUCGAAUGCCUCCAUCGCCCGCGUGUCUCCGCCCAUGAAGCCCGCCGAGCUGGCUGUCGUCGACGCCGACCUGGAACAGCAAGAUGACCAGGAACACGUCGCUGCCGCAUCCAUAACCCUUCCCCCGUCUCGCCCUUCGACAUCAUGUUCUGUGAGCAGUCUCGGCUCCGCUGUCCAUGACUUCGUAUCCCACGCCCAAUGGGAGGCGAUGAACCAUGCCGGCGGUGACGUGUCUCCCCUUGACAGGUCUCGCGCCAACUCGCCCGUUGGCUCUUUCCGCGAGCAGCAAAGCUUCAAUGUCGAAGAAGGCACCCGCACAUUCGAUGAGCGUUCCCAAGCCGGCUCCGUUGCUCUCUCCGAAGGCGACGCAAGCUGGCGUCGGGAGAGUUGGGCGAACCGGGACGGUGAGCACGGCGAGACCAUCGACAUGACGCUCGAGACCAUGCGCCGCAACAGCAUCCCGGCCAGCGUCGCCACGGCCCAGACGUUUGGCUCCUUCGCCCACCCCUUUGAGGACGACGAUGAUGACGAGAGCUGCUUCGACGAUGACCACCAAAUCAGGCCUGAGUAUCUGCCUCUCCCCGACGAUGCCACCGACGGUACUGCCGACGAUGAGCUCUCUAUGAGCAUGGCUACCGUCUCGGACAUCUUCGAGAAACGCUACAGCACUGGCGUAACGACCCAGAUGACGAACGACGUGGAGAACGUCGAUGACAAGGCGGCUCACGCUUCGCAAUCGCCCGCCGGCGAGCCUGCGAAUGCCGAGGACGAGUUGGACGUCGAGCAAACGGGCUCGGACACCGAGGUGGACAAGGCGACGACGGUGGGCAACGUCGACGACGUCGGCGUGCCUGAGGGAGAUGUUGCCGCUUCGGACGAUAUCUCCGAGACACAUGUGACGGCCUCGAACGUCGCGUCUGGAGCUGUGGACGAUGGUACCCCACUCGAGUUUGGCGUGGAAGAAAACAGCGGGUCUGCCGCGCAGGUCCCCGAUAGCGAGACCCCGACCGCCGAGCAGAUCACUGCCUCGAACGACACGUCGCCUGAGUCAGUCGAGCAACUUGAUUCGGCAAUCGAGGCGGUGGAGGUGCCGACCGCGGAAACUAAAGAGGCGCAUCCGCAACCUGAGGAGGAGGACGCUGCUGCUGCUGAUCCCGCCGACACCAUGGCUCAAGACAUCCCCGAGCCUGCCCCCACCGCCGAAAAUGCCCAGGACGCUCUCGCCGCCCCCGCAGCCACCGAUGCCGGAGACGCUGCUACCACGACCGAAGCAGAGGUUGUCGAAGUGCAACUGAACAGCAUCAAGGAGCCCACGCCUACUGCUGUUGAAACACGCAGUAGCAUCGCUGACUUGUCCAUCGCUGCCGCUGCCGCCGCUCCGGAGAACGAAGAGACCAGCGCACCAGCCGAGGACCUCUCUUUGCAGUCUGUUGUGCACAAGGUAAUUGACGACGCACCGCUCGUUGCCGACCCUGAGUCGACCACCAUCGAUGUCACCGCCUUCCCUGCCGACGAGGCCUUGGCUGUUCACGAGAGGGAUGCGACUGAGGAGCAAUCCGAGGAGUCUAUUGCUGACACUGCCGCUGAGAUUCGCUCAAAGAUCAACUCCCCGCAUACCUCCACCUCGCAAGCUGCCGAAUCCGUUGCCGCCGAGUCUGUCAGCCUCAGGGACAUGCUCCAAGAGACUACGCUGGUCGAGACUCUGCGAGACAACGUUGGCUCUGGUGAUGAGGGAAGCGGAGCGAGCCUGGCGCUCGCCGGCUCUGCGCCCCAGGAGACCAGGAGGGACGGGGGUGAGGCAGGGCCUUGCCAGGCGCUCGAUCUGCAGCACGUCAGCAAUGCUGGCGAUGACGACGGUUGGGCGAUCCCCGACCGUGACGAAGAAGAGCCGCAGGCCCAGGCCCCUGUCCGCUCGAGGAGGAAGAGUCUGCCGCUGCUCUUCAGGGACAUGAAGGACAGCAGGAAGGAGAAGAAGAGCCAUCUUCCCGUCAAGAAGGAGGCUAAGGAGGCCAAGGCCGCCGUGCCUUCGAAGAAGGACGGCAAGCCGGUCCUCUCUUUCGCUGCCGUGAAGGAGUCGCGCAUCCCGGCUGCACCUCUCUCCGCUCCCAUGGAGCCGUCCAGGAUGCCGUUCAGCCCUGGCAAGAAGGGCCGCAACGUCCUCCACCGGAACCCUCCCGUCCUCAGGCAUCCUGACCAGCCGAUGCCUUCGCCUACGACCGUCAAAGAGAAGAAGAAGCGUAGCUCUCUUCUCGGCGUCGUCUUCGGCCGCUCCAUGACCCCCACUCCCGAUCUUGAGAAGGAGAGGGAGCGCCAGAUUGAGAAACUCAACAAGGAGAGGGCCAAGGAGCAGGAGAAGGCAAAGGAGGCGAAGCCGAAGAAGGACAGCAAGAGUAAGCUUGUGAUACCCCAGCGCCGCUACAGCUUGGCAGGACCACUGGGCGGGCACGACCACCAUACUUCCUUCCACAUGCCUCGUCUCCCCACGCCCAAGCGUGUUCAGGAGAUCUCCGGUCUGUCGCGCCAGGAAGCCACCAGCCGGCCUCAGCAGGAGCGGCCUCGUAGCGGCAGCCAGUCUCUGGACUCCCUGUCGCAAGAGGGCGCAUCCAGCCCCUCUUCCAGGGUUGCCCGUGUCUCGGCGGCUGUGGAUGCGAACCACCGUGAACUGCAGUCCCAUAUGCGCAGGCCGAGCAUCUUGCCCGAGCCUGACUCGGAAUGGGACGAGUGGGAGCAGAAGGCACGCGAGCUGGAUGAUAACCGCACCAAGGUCAACGGCUCGCCUGCCUCGCAGAUCAGCAUCCCCGCCGUCCUCCACGGCCCUGGCACUCCAACUCAGGCUAAGCUCCACCCCCAGAGCGGCGAUGGCUACCCCUUCUACCAGUAUGCCCCCCCGCCUCUGCCUCCCCACAUGCAGACUCCCCCGAGGUCCUACUACGGCAACGCGCCGCGUUCUGCCGCCUUCAACGAACCUUCCCUUCAGCGCCGGUACUCUGAGCACUUCAGCUCGGCAUCCGCCCGCGGUCUGCCACCGUUCCCUCCGCGCCUGUAUGGUCUUCGUGAUGCGGAGUACGCUGGUGGCUACCCUCCCAUGCGCCAGAGCAGCCAGCCGCACCUGCGGCCCCAGAGCGGCAGCGGUAGCGGCCCGUCAAGCCCGAACCCUGCCGACGUCGCGCCCUUCAUCAAGGACGAAGACAGGGCUGCACCUCUCUCGGCGAGCCCCGUUGCAUCGAACGUUGCCACCGUCGACAGCUUUGAGGGCGCUGACCCGGCCUACGUGCCGCCGCCUGUGCCGCUGCCCGGCGAGACGAUGGAAGAGUUCCUGGCCAAGCAGCGCGCGUGGUACGAGCAGCACGCACAGGCAGCGAACCGCCGUGAUAGCGGCUACUCGCCGCAGUACAACAACCUUCCGCCGCAGGCCUUCUACCCUUACCCGCCGCCGUGGUACUGGGGAGCGGCGCAAGGAUACCCUCCUCACAUGGCACCGCACUCGCCGAUGCAGGCGGGCUACCCGCCAUUCUACCCUCCGGCUCCCACCCCGCCGGUCCACAGCCAUGCGCCCGAGGAUUAUUACCACCAGGCGCUGCGCGAGCAGCACGCGCAGGAGCGCGCCGCCAGCAGCGACGCCGAUUCGCCGCGCGACAAGAGCCCGUUGCCUUCCCCGUACGGGGCGUACGCGCCUCACCCGGGCUUCGGACCUCCGCCUCGGUCCUUCACCUCGAUCCCCUCUCCGGCUCCGGCGGCACCCUACGGAUACCACCCCCGACAGGACAUGCGUUGGCGCGACUUGACGUCUGCUACCGAUGAUGGUGAGUCGCGCCACGGGGCAGCUGGGCAGAAGAUGUCGCACAAGAGGAUUGACUCGGGGUUGGGACAGGACGCUACUACUAUCACUAUUACCCCUACCGAUGAGGACAGCAGCUUCAAUGAGAAGCCGCGCGCCACCAGCUCGGCCGGGAAGCAGAAGAGUCCCGCCGGCACCGAGAGCGGCCACCUUGUCGCCCGCCGCGCGACGGUCAGCACCGGCGGUCUCAGCCGCAGCGCCAGCAAACUCGAGACGGUGAUGGAGCCGGUGGAGCUGGCGGACACGGACGUCGGCUUGAAGAACAGGAGUGGCGCGAGCAGUCGAGACUCGAGCGUGCACCCGGUGAUGCACGCGUCGAGCUACCCGGGCAUGGAGUGGAUGCCGGAUCCGGCGGCCGUUCAGAAGGCGUUCGACAACGGCAGCGAGUGA